AGCAUUCUUUCCUUCCAGAAUCCUCGACUGCAACCGGCUGGUCAAAAGCUGGUCGCUUUUCAUUUCUGGUCCUUGGAGCGUCGAUGGUGUUGCUGCAGUGGUGGUGGUAGUAUGGGUAGGGAAGGAGGUGCGGAAGAUGGUCAUCAGGCGUGGUCGGCAGAGAAGGUGCUGCGGUAUUCCCUAUUCUCUCUGGCAGCGGUGGUCUGCGGGGUGGGCCUCUACACGCUGUCGUUGAAGAAGAUGGUGGUCGUCUACCUCUCCGGCCUCCUCCUCAUAGCAGGGGUCGUCCUUCCCGACUGGGAGUUUUUCGAGAGGGACGUGUCCCACUGGACCUCUCCCAGGGCUGCCACUCAACCUGCUCUGCGCCUCAGAUCCUUCAGGUUCAGAUAUUGUUACCCUCUGAGGUUGUUUCUGUAUACAAUUGUUUACGGGUUUGGUUUGUACAAAUUGUGGAAGUAUGUGAUCUCUAAUUAGCAGAGGCUUAAUUUCCUUCCUCAGUUUCCUGCUGCCAUUUGAGGUGGCAUGUUCAUCUUUGGAGAUGUUGUAACAUUUAUUGUCUCAGCAAUCUAGAUAUGUUUGAAUA